AAAUAGUAUGUUGUGCGAUUGAAAGUAAUAUUUAAAGCAAAACAUAUUGGCGACUUUGAAAAACAAUAUUGACUUCCGGUACGUUUUUAUUUUGGUCGGUGCUCCACUUUGAGAUCACUUUCCAAAAUGCCGCCUAUGCCACCAAUCGAGAAAGUUAUUUCUGUACAGGAAGAGAAAACAGAAGAAGAAAUACAAGCAGCUAAACCAGUAAUAGGAAUCAUAUACCCUCCUCCGGAAGUAAGGAAUAUUGUAGACAAGACUGCUAGCUUCGUUGCCAGAAAUGGACCUGAGUUUGAGAGCAGAAUCCGUCAGAAUGAAAUUAACAACCCUAAAUUUAAUUUCCUACAACAAAGUGACCCAUACCAUGCUUAUUACCAGUAUAAAGUGAAAGAGUUCAAGGAGGGCAAAGCUCAAGAACCAGCUGUUCCAAAGCCAGGUCAGUUGGCAGCUGUUCAGAAACAACAGGCAGAGCAAGCCAGAUUGUUAUUGGAAACUAUUGUUCCUAAGGAACCACCACCAGAGUUUGAAUUCAUAGCUGAUCCACCAUCUAUAUCAGCUUUUGAUUUAGACGUAGUAAGGCUAACAGCACAGUUUGUUGCUAGAAAUGGACGACAGUUCCUUACAAACCUGAUGAACAGAGAACAGAGGAACUAUCAAUUUGAUUUCUUACGACCACAACACAGCUUGUUCAAUUACUUCACUAAACUUGUAGAACAGUAUACAAAGAUUUUGAUUCCACCAAAAGACUUACAAGAGAAGUUAACAAAGGAAUCUGAAGAAUAUAAAGAGGUAUUACAGCAAGUAAAAUACAGAGUAGAGUGGUGUAAAUAUCAAAUCAGGGAGAGAAAGAAAGAAGAAGAAGCUUUAGAAAGAGAGAGAAUUGCUUACACACAGAUAGACUGGCAUGAUUUUGUUGUUGUAGAAACAGUGGAUUUCCAACCCAAUGAACAAGGUAACUUUCCACCACCCACUACACCAGAUGAAGUUGGAGCCAGAAUUCUUAUGCAGGAAAGAGGAGGAGAAAAGGCAGAUGAUCAGAUGGAGGUAGAAUCAGAUGAGUCUGAAGAGGAUGAGGAUGGAGAGGAGGAAGACUUUGACAAUGCUCCUACGCCUCCUCUUCCAGAGGAAGAUUUACAGGAGAUGGAAGGAGAAUCUGAGUCUGAGGAGGAAGAGGAACCAGUGAAGAUCCCAACUCCUGCUCCACCUCAGCCACCUAUGCCACCACCCCCACCGCCACCCAGUGAAAUACCACCAUUACCCCCAACACCUGAUCAAGUCAUCAUCAAGAAGGAUUACAACCCUAAAGCUCGUCCUACUAUGGGAGAAAUAACCACAGACAUGGUGUCACCAAUUACUGGAGAGAAAAUACCAGCACACAAAGUUCAGGAGCAUAUGAGGAUAGGAUUACUUGAUCCUAAAUGGAUUCAGGAAAGACAGAGAGCUAUGAAUGAGAAGAAGGAACAAGAAGAAGUGUAUGCCCCUGGAGUUUCUAUUGAGAGCAGUCUGAAACAGCUGGCCGAGAGACGUACUGAUAUCUUUGGGGUUGGUGUAGAAGAAACACAGAUCGGUAAAAAGAUUGGUGAAGAAGAGAGAAAAGAGCAGAGAGUUGUUUGGGAUGGACACACAGCUUCCAUGGAAAAAGUAACACAGAAGGCUAGAGAAAACAUCUCUAUUGAGGAGCAGAUUGCUACAAUACAUAAAACUAAAGGAUUAGUAGCUGAUGAAGAAAAAGAGAAGAUUGGUCCAACUGUCCCUAAAGUCCAGCCUCCACCUCCUCCUCCUCCAUCUAAACCAGCUCCACCUCCUCAACCACCAACAAACAUACAUAAAAGUAUGGCACAACCACCACUACCAAGACUACCAAUGUCAACACCACCAAUGCCACUCAUGAAUCAGCCACAGAGACUAAUGAUGAUAUCUACACCUAGGCCACCAAUGAAUGUUAUUGGAAUGCAGCCUCAGCAAAUGAUGCCUCAGCCUAUGAUGGCAAGACCACCACGUCCAGGCUUUGCACCAACCCUGUUGGCUCAUCCCCCUGGACCUCCUAAACCACCAUCAAUGGAUGAACCUCCAGCAAAGAAGGCCAAGACAGAAGAACAGUUGAUUCCAGAGGAUGUAUUCUUGUCCAGAAACAAAGGGCCUGUUACCUUUAAAGUCAUGGUACCAAAGGCUGAUGACAAACCAGAAUGGAAACUCAAUGGACAGAUGUUGACCUAUACAUUACCACUUUCUGACUCUAUUGCUGUUAUGAAAGCUAAGUUAAAUGAAAGUCUGGGACUACCUGCUGGUAAACAAAAGUUGCAGUAUGAUGGUAUCUUCAUGAAGGAUUCUAACUCCUUAGCUUACUACAACAUUAAUAAGGGAGCUGUAAUUAGCUUACAAUUAAAGGAGAGAGGAGGGAGGAAGAAGUAAAGGGAGAUAAUUACAACAACAUUUACAAAGGGAGAUAGCUGGAACAUUGACAGAGGGAGACAACUACAACAUUGACAAGGGGAGACUAUUGUUAGAGUUCUUUAUUUGUUAUGGUGUAUAUAAUGUAUUGAAGUCUUAUAAAUAUUGUGAAAGGGGCUCCAAAGACAAUUGUAAUGUGGUAAAUAAUUUUAAAGUUGAUUGUAUGACUCUGUUUAUAAUGAACCACUUUUUUCAUUCAUUCUCAUCAAACUAAUGUGCAAGUGAUUUUGAUUUUGCUUUAAUGUUUAAAUUUUUCUUGUAAUGAUAAGAAAAGUAAAACUAUAUGUUUAAAGAGAGGAAUGCCAAUUCAUUUAUAGAUUUUGCCGAAGUUUUUCAAUUUUCCUUUUUGCAUCUAUUGUUUGUUUGUACUUGGGUUUCACUGAGGCAUAUUUGGGGUUUCAAAGAAUGUUUGGUACAGAACCUUAUUGGAAAAUAACAAUUUAUUUAUAUUUUCAUUCAGUAAUGCUCAUUACAUUCUGAUAUAUUAUAUGGUAUGAUUCCCAAAAAGUUUUAAAUGAUGUAUAUCCCAAAUUUUGAUUAUUAAAUUUUGAAAAUUGCAAGUUAUUUUACUAAUGUAGAAACUUGGUAAGCUGAUAAUGUUGAUAACAAGUUAAUUACAUAUUAAUAAAAAAAAUGUUUUAUUUGAAAAGAUUUUUGUGCUGAGAAAGUUUGUGACAAUUUUUUAUGCCAUAGUAGAAUAUGUUAUUUGUAUAAGACAAUAUAAAAAAAUGAAAACAUAAAUUACAUAGCCAGAUAAUAUCAUUGAUUGCAUGUAGUCUGGGUUCUCAGUAAUGUAUACAGGACAAACUCCUUAUUUAGAAAAAGAUUUAUCGUUUGUUGUAAUUAUUUUCAAAAGAGAAAUUAUUGACAACAUUUACAUUUGAUUUAACCGUUUUGAUUUCAUUCUUAAAGAAUGCUGUUGCUUUAAAAGAAUUAAAAGAAUAGGAAAACCUUCA